ACACCAGCCUGUCCUUGCUCCUCUCCCAUAUCUCCGUGUACCGUACGAUGCAGCUCUGCGGGACGGCGGUGCUACUCGCCUCGACCCUGGCGUCCUGCCGCGCGUUUACAGGGGUCCGCCCGCUAGUUGUGCCGCUAGCGCCAGCGGCGCAUGUCAGAUUGAGACAUGUGUCGUCCUCGUCCGAUCCCCUAGGCAGCGGCAGCAGUCGUGCAAGAGCAACAGGACCAAUACCGAAUGUUGUCCGCUUCUCGUCUCCUUUCGAGGACGUCGAGCACGGUGACAACGAGGACGAGGUCGAUGUGAUGCAACGCGAGGCGGAGCAGUUGGAGGCCAUGAUCCGGGGCAGCCGCGGCAUCGUUGUUGAGGCGAUCGAGCGGGAGUGGAGAGAGGAGAUGCUGAGGGUGCUUGGCGAAGAGGGGGAAAUGUUGUGCUCGCUAGCUUACGAGGGGUACCUUGAUCGAGGGCGUGGGGUCAUCUUUGUGAACGUGGACAUGGGGCUCAGCAGCAGCAACAAAGGCCACGACGGGGCCCCCUGCCACGCGGUGUUCUGUUCCCUGGAGGAAGUAGUGACGGAGCGCUCGUCAAGGGUAAAACCGGCCGAUCAGAUGCAGAUCAUACAGCGCUGCCAGGAGUACGAUCCGGAGGCGGGCUUCGUCUUGGUGUUCGGGUACAAGGGGAUGCUCGGGGUCCAAGUAAUACGGCCAUCGAUGGCGCCUGGGGAGGUUUUCCGAAGUCGCCGAACAUGAGAGAGCGGGCGAAGUGGCGCAGCUCUCGUUAUCACCGUUGAACGCCAGCAUGUUUGUUUUGCCACCCCACGGAUUUAUUUGGAGUAAUCUACGUCGUCGUCGUCGUCGUCGUCGUCGUCGUCGUCGUCGCUGGUGGUGCAUGUAGCUUUGUAUUUGCUGCGAGCAAGAAUGCCUAUCAUUGCGUGCAAGGGCGUAAUCCUGCGAUGCGGUCGAUAGAUUCGGAGUGCUGCGGCCAUGCAACAACAUCAAUUGGUUGUUUGGGUCCUAUUCACUGUACUUACUUUCGCUUGACGCUCCCUGUUUUCCUGUUGCGAAGUUUUGGACUAAGUCGCUUGGCGGCACGACGGGAUGAAAGUGCAUCCUGCCGCAUUAUGCUUGAAUUUGAGACAUACCGUAUACAACACAGAGGUUGUCACCCAAAUUGGCAGAGAGAGGUUCUCGGUAACAUUGUUUUGAAGGUGGUUUUGUCGUUAUCAUGAUACGGAGCGGCUUGUAACGACGACGGUUUAUCAUGAGAAAGCGGUAUAUUGAUAGACGGACAAGAAUCACCUAGUCUUCUA